AUGGAGCCUCAUGAUGUCACCGCUGGUCCAUCGGAUCGCCGAAAAGACACUGGUAGUCUGCAGACUCCAGUUGAGGAAACUCCGCGUCUAAAGGCCGAAACGGGCCCGACCAAGAGUAACGAUCCAGAAUCAGUCGAAGCCUCUCAAAUCGAGUCCAAGAAAAGGGCCACUCGUCAAGAGGCGCCGGCCCGCAAGCCGACAAAGGCCGCUCGGUCCAGAAACCAUCUUCGCGCCAAGUCAAAACAUGAGGACCGCGAGGAGAGCUCGUCAGACUCCGACAGCGACUCCACGGAUUCGGACCCCUUCACCGAGAGAGACGCGCCGAAAUCAAAGAAAUCGUCUCGCAGCUCCAAGGCACGGGCCCCGUCCCGCAAGUCCAAAGCCAAGCCCAAGUCUUCCCUUUCGGCAAAAGCGAAAAGGCAGACACGAAAUAGUUCGGAUUCUGACUCCGACUCUUCCGACUCAACGACAUCGACCGACGCACAUGGAGACAACCGCAAGGGCCCGGGCGGCAAGGAUGCCGCCAAGGGUGACAUAUACCACCACAUUGAUCGUAUCCCAGCGGGAAUCGGUCUCCCGGGCGGCCAUCUUGGCAAUCUCCUGCCCUCUGCUCACAACGGCAACCUUUCCAACCAGCCGGCCUCCUUUGUCACCCCGCCUUCCAAGCGCCUGGGACGCCUUGGUCUCGGCCCGAGAGCUGCAAGAGGAUUUCGUGGUGCACCAUCUGCGCCGAGAUUGGAUCUCCAAGAGCCCGAUACCAGCAGCGACAACAAGAAGCCACGAGGCAGCUCGAAAAAGGCUACGCGAAAGAGGACCAAGGUUGACUUUAAACGGGUUGACUGGGUCUGGGACAGUUCCCUGUACACCUACAGACUCCAGGACACGGCCGAGAUGUCCAUGAGCUCUUUAUACGAUGAUUACAUCUUUCACGUUCGACGAACGUUCGACUGCGAAGGAAAGUAUCGUGCAACAUUUGUGGAUGUUAGGAGCAAACUCUUGCGCGAGUGCUUGCAGGACGUCAUUGGCAACGUGCGAGGAGCGAGCCUGGUUGACGAAACUCCAAAGCUGGAUCCCAAUUUACUCUUCUUAUACCUAGAAGACUUCCGUACACACCUAAAGCACCUAAAAAAAGCGAGACCAGCUGGCGACAACAAGAAGGAGCGCAAGAAGAACAGAACCCGCCUUGAAAACAAACGAAAACAGCUCAAGGUCCUCAUCAAGUAUCUGGAUAAGGACUACGCCAAGGUCAAGGAAAGCCUUUACCCCAUGCUCGACAGCGGCGUCAUCACGUUCGAUUUGCUGUGGGCGCUGUGGAAGCCCAACACUCUCAUCUACGGCACAACGUACGGAGCCGUGGAAGAUCCUAGGGUUUUCAAGGUGGACAUGGCAUAUCACCAGUCCACCAUUAUGAGAGGGGACUUUUACUUCAUCGAGGGAAAGUAUCUCGAGUUCGACGGCAAGAAAUUCGGCUACGGCACCGUGGCGGAAGAAAUCUCCGACUUUCAGGGGGCCCGAAAGAUCACGAGCCUGCCCUGCUACCCUCUGAGGUAUCACAAGGAACAGGACCAGGUUCAAAAGGACCUCAUUGCGAGGGGCAAGAAAUUUGUCGCCCUCAACGGCGUGCAUUACAAGUGCUACUCGGGCAUCGCGUAUAUGAAGCGCAAGAAAGGCUCCAUAAUCAAAUUCAACGUCCAGCAGAGCCGAGUGAUGGUGGAUCCUGCCAUAUUCCGACGUAUCAACCCCAACUACUCCGUCUCGACUGUUCGGCCAAAGGAUCACGAUAUUCUGUCCGACGAGGGGUCAGGCGACGAGUCGGGCUGCUGCGAGUGCGAAUCGGAUGGAAGCGAACAGCGCGAAAAAGUGGAAUACGUCUCCAAGGUCUUCAAAAACGAAAAGGGCGACGUCUUCGUGGCCAAGAUUCCGAAGCACGAGACGGAGGCGGGAACGGAGGAGACGAUCUUGCAAUCGCUCCCGGGAAAGGCCGUCCCUCGAGAGGGCAAGUCGUCGAGCGGAAGCUCCAUGGUCGGGGGAGAUGCAGCUGAAACCCCCGCCGAGACGGCUGCCGAGGUGCUGCCCGAGUUCUCCGAAGAGGACUAUCUCAUUGCGUCUCCGGUUGUGUUUGGCUUCUCCUUCUCGGAGAAGCAGUGGCUGGAGUUGUCUGUGUCGGCCGUCGAGGACAUUACGUGGAACGAAAAGGCAUGGGAAUCUCUUGUACUCGAGCCAGAGACCAAGGAUUUGAUCCAAGCGCUCGUCCAGUCUCGCAAGUAUCACCCAACGCAGACGAUUGACGAUGUGAUACAGGGAAAAGGCAAAGGGCUCGUCACUGUUCUCCACGGGCCACCCGGUACAGGCAAGACGUUGACCGCAGAAGGCAUCAGCGAGCUCCUCAAGUGUCCGCUCUACAUGGCCUCGGCCGGCGAGCUGGGAACCGACUCGCGAUAUCUCGAGGCUGAGCUGCAAAAGAUUCUGGACAUUUGUCACGCGUGGGGCGCGAUUUUGCUGCUUGAUGAGGCGGACGUGUUUCUGGAGAAGCGAAACAUGCAAGACAUACAUCGCAACGCCCUCGUGAGCAUCUUUCUGCGCCAGCUGGAAUACUUUCAGGGAAUCUUGUUCCUCACGACCAACCGUGUCGAGACUUUUGACGAGGCCUUCCAGUCACGAAUCCACAUUGCUCUGCGGUACGACGCGCUCGAUGCCAAGGCCAAGAAGACCAUCUUCAAGAUGUUCAUCGACCGCAUCAAGGCUUUCGGCAAGCUGGAGCUGCAGCCGUUCAGCGAGGACGACCUGGAGGACCUAGCCAGACACGACCUCAAUGGCCGUGAGAUCAAGAAUGUGGUGGGCUCGGCUCAAGACUUGGCUGUUAGCAAGGGUGAGUCGUUUAGCAUGCGGCAUAUCAGGCAGGUCCUGGACGUGCACGCCAAGUUUGGUCGAGACCUCCGGGGCGGAGCCGGGUACGAGGACGCAAUGAGGAGCUACUUUUGA